CAGUACGGAUAAAGGAUAAUGUCUCAUCUGUUUAAAGUGGUUUUAGUUGGCGCUUUACUUUUAUCUGUUGUGAAACAUUCCUCGGCUUACUUCUGUCCUUUACUGACCGUGUGGUGUCCGGACAAUAACACGUGCUGUCCAUCGAAAGAAGUGGGUACAUGGUUCUGCUGUCCAAUCCAGAAUGCUGUCUGCUGUCCUAACGGUUGCUGUCCUCCAACAUACAAGUGUAACUCCAAUGAAAAAUGCAUCAAAUACUAUAACGGGGUUUUAUACUAUGGAUAAGAAGAUAAUUCAUUUUGUGUUUUGCAUUUGCAUUUGUAAAGUUAGGUUGCUCACAGGUGUUCUUAAAUAUGCCUUUUCCUCCAGUUUGAUCUAGCAAACUGCUUUUAUACAGGCACAUGUUAUUUCAGUUACAAAUGCCGAAAUACGAAUUGUAUGUUAUUUUCAUUGGUGUGUUUUGUUGUAUUAUUAAGUUUUUAUUGCUAAUAAUUUUCUGAUAGAAGGGACACUUGUUUGCUAAUAAAUGACUCGCUCAAAGUCAUAAGUCAUACUCUAUAUGUAGUUUCGUUGUACUUGUCACUGGCGUAAAUCGAGAUUUCGUUCAGUGCUUCUCUUUGGUAUUGAUAUGUAUUGAUAUUUAUUACUUAAAAUCUUUAGUUCUUAACCUCAAUUUAUUUGAUAACCUUUAAACGUAAACAUUUCCUUUAUAAUUUAAUUCAAGUUCUUCUUUUCUUCUUUGAUGACUUUAAUUUACUUAUACAUUAUUUUAUUAAAUCAACUUCCUUGCUUAAUCUUGCUUUGUUUUGGCUUUCAGUGUUGAGUAAAACUCUGACCUCAAGCAAUAUGAUUUCCCAUUCAGUUGCCUGUACUCAUUGCCGUUUUCUUUUCGUUAAUGUCAAUUA